GGCCGCGAGGCGGGCCCGGCGGCAGCGCCCGAGCGGCGGAGGGUGUGCGGGCCGGGGUGCGGGAGGGGGAUUGAGAGCAGCGGCUGCGGAGCCGGUCCCCGCCCCGUGCGGCUUUUCUCUCUGCGCUCCUUGGACCUUUCGUCACCUCGAACAUCAACGAAUGCCCGGAGCUUACCGGCAAGGCCCGCUCACAUUCAAGACGAGGCCGCCAAUGCCCCGCCGCAGGGAGCAGGUCCCGCCCUGAGCCCUGGGGGAGGUGCCACCGGGCGUGGCCUGGUUGCCAUGGCAACCGGCGCGGCCGCCUUCCAUCGACGGGUGAGGUGGCGGCCGGCGGCGGGGAUCCGGGAGCCAGCGUGUGGCAGCCCCUGCGGGUGCCCUCAUGAACGAGAGUCGCGGCCGGGGUUGCCAGGACACCGCGGGGCACCAUGAGAGCGGGCCACGAGCGGAGCCAGGAGUGCCUCCCGCCAAAGAAGCGGGAGCUUCCCGCCGCCAGUGCCGGCACCGAGGCAGGACGGGCGGGGGGUGUCCAGACCUCGGGCGAGGGCACUGAGUGGGCCCAGACAGCCCUGUGCUAUGGCCCGGGUGAGGCCGUGGAAGCAGUGGCAGGGCUCACGGUGGACCAGUAUGGGAUGCUCUACAAAGUGGCAGCGCCACCUGCCACUUUCUCCCCCCCAGGUCUGCACCCCAUGGUGGACGUGACCCCCCUGCCCCCUGCCUUCAAUGUGACUUCGCCAAUAAUCCAGCACGCGGGGGUGCCCUACCCUCCUGUUCACUACAGACAGAUCACCCCGACGUCCCUACAGUUCAUCGGCUCACAUUACACAGUGCCCUAUGCUGUCCUUCCUGGCUUCCUGCCUAGUCCUCUCCUGUCUCCUUCCACCAACCUCACCGCCUCUCAUGUCCCCCACUUUGUGCCAUAUGCCUCUCUCUUCAUGGAAGAAACCACUCCUUCCCCCCAGACUACCUCUCCUAUCCACACCUUCAGUAAAUCCACUUCUGCAGUUUCUCCUGGCCAGAUGCAGCACCAUGCUGGGACCCAGCUGUUAGAUACUGCACCAGGUAGAAUUCCUGUUUAUUAUCAGAUGUCCUGCCUCCCACCAGGGUAUUCAGCACAUGAGACACCUACAGCAGGUGGAAGCCCAGAGUCUCCUCAGCAAGACAGUCAGCUGAAUUCAGACAUAGCUGCUGCCAGUGGUGGACAGAGACAUCCAGAGCAUAAUGUGUCGAGAAGGACCAGCGAGGCUGUGGAUUCUGCCAGCAGUAAAGCUGAAGACUGUCUGCCAGGAGCUGCAGCAGGAUAUGUGGUUGAUGGACAGUUCCUUUCAGGUUACCAGACGUUGGGAACAGAGGUCUCUGUGCCAGCUCACAGAAGCACCCCAGACACUGAUCUGGAGGUUCAGAGGGUGGUGGGGGUGUUGGCAUCUCAGGAUUAUCAUAUUCUGGCAGCCCAGAGGAAAGAUGACCUGAGCCCUUUAAACCUUUGCCAUAAACCACGACACCCUGAUCAGCAGGGGGAGUCAAAAGACACGCUGAGGAACACAGUGGAAAGGGCUGCUGCUGAGAAAAGCCAGUCCAGGAGUCCGUAUGUAAUGUCCCCUGAAGAGCUGGUUAGACAAAGACACUUAACCAAAGGAAUGGUGAUAGCCAAUGGCAAGCCAGUCCUGGUUGCCAUUGGAUCCGAGCCCAUCAGGUCUUCUACUUCAGAAAUCCUGGUGGGGUGGAGCUCAGAUACACAGGCUCAAGGAAGUGUGCUGGAAAAGGACCCUGCCCAGCUGCAGCCACCCAGCUCCUCACACUUGCCCUCUCAUUUCAUGAAAGGAGCCAUCAUCCAGCUGGCUACAGGAGAGCUGAAGCGGGUAGAGGACUUGCAGACUCAAGACUUUGUUCGCAGUGCGGAGGUGAGUGGGGGCCUGAAGAUUGACUCCAGCACUGUGGUGGAUAUUCAGGAAAGCCAGUGGCCUGGGCUUGUCACACUGCAUUUUGUGGUUGGGGAGCAGCAAAGUAAAGUGAGCAUUGAUGUGCCCCCAGAGCAUCCCUUCUUUGUGUAUGGCCAGGGCUGGUCCUCCUGUAGCCCAGGGCGGACUGCUCAGUAUUUUGCUUUGCCCUGUCACAGGCUGCAGGUGGGCGAUGUCUGCAUAUCAAUCAGUUUACAGAGCAUGAAUGGCAUCUCCACUUCUCAGGCUAACUAUGCUCCCACAGAUCAGUUGCUAUCUACUAGGGAGACAGCUGAAAGAACAGCUCAGGGGUCCAGAGAACCAUCUGACAGAGCUGCUGAAAGGAAGAGCCACACAGAUAGGGACAGCGCAACCCAGAGCUCUCAUGCGGAAGCCUCUCAGCCUGAGACUGGCAGUCAGCACAGCUGGACAGCCCCAGGCUUCCAAAGAUACAGCAUGCAGGCAGAGGAGCCUUGGCCAUCUCUGCUCUGUCCCUCUUUCAUUCCCCAGGAGGUCAAGCUGUCUAUUGAAGGGCGUUCUAAUACAGGGAAGUGAUCCCUUGGAGGCUGUGAGCUAGGGCAUCCCUUGUAGGUGAGCCUCACUGUCAGGUGGAGAAAUUGCACAGACUUUGUGACAGGUUCACCAGCAAGACUGCUUUCUGCCCUGUGGGACUGGAUUUAUUCCAAUUCAGUGUCUGACCAGUUCCUCUUGGGAAAUCAAGAGGGCUCCAGUGCCUCAGGGAGCAGCAACAGGUUAGCUGGGGUAGAGACCAGGGAUGUGCUCAUGAGCUUGCAAUGAGAGCAUUACAGAGGCUGGAGGCUGGGGCUUUCUCACACCUCCCUGAAUAACCGAUUCCCUGCAGAGCAGGGUCUAAGCAUUCAGGGUAGGUGGGGAGAUGAGGAGGGCA